GUUCUGUGGUGUUCUUCGAUUCACGUGCAUAGAGUUCCGUACAAUAAUUGUAUAAAACUCUAUGUUCACGUGCUUGCAAACUUUAAAUCUGUGGUAAACUAUACGUAUCGUACUUCUAUGUAGCUAUAUUGUAGCGCUCAGAAUGCACGCCGUAAAAAAAAAAAUGUUUUUUUGGGGGGACUCUACCUGAUCAGCGCCAGACUUGGUCAACUACCACCGCUACAUAGAAAGGACAAGCAAAGCGGUAGGUGUUCUCUGGGACAAGCGAGAGGCUGCGAUAAAGUGUACAGAAUGAGCUCGGAAGGGUGUGACGCUGCUGCACCGUCGAGAAAUGAGUCGAAAAAGACGUCGCGACUGCUGAAGCACACACUGCGCGCCCUACGCUCGUCCGAUUCGGACGAGGAGAAACUGGCCGCCCUGCUCGUCGUGACCAAAGUUGUGGACCCUUCUAGGCGUGAAGCUCGAGAGCCUUCGGGAAGCUGCUGGAUGCCAUCGGCGUGUCUUACAUCCUGAGGAUGCUGAAGUCCGACACAGAAACCUUCCGAACUCUGGGCGCCGAUGCGACGUGUGCGUUCGCGAUCGAGCCGAGCCUGUGCGAGCGGCUACGACCGGCAGUGGACGCACUCGCGGGCUCCCUGGCCGACCUGGGAGUCGCGGCGGGCGUCGAAUGCGCGUCGCGUCUCGUACUGCACGAGCCGGGGUGCCGGGCGCUCGUCAAGCAGCGGCUUGCUGAAGACGCUGGUCGAUCUGUCGCCGGCGGAGUUGGGCUCCCUGCUCGCCGCCUUGGCGGCUCGUCUGCGGCUCGAUCCGAAAGUGGGGAAACGGCCGACGACUGGGAGUCCGGACUGCUGUCGUCGGCGCGAAUCUGCGUCGGUCAGGCCCUGUCGGGAAGGCUGGGCCCGGGCGCGCGGCAGGGGCCUGUUCGCGCUGCUCGCGUCGCUGGUCGAACGUCGGGGUGUGCAGUCGUUAGAUGCCCCGACGGUGGCACUGGCCGCCGUUGAACUGGAGAUGCAGCUGUGCUCUUGGGAGCAGCCGGACGCCGAACUGGUGGUCAACUGCUGCCUGCUCUUGGAGGUGGCCGUGGACGACGCCGUGGCGAGCGGGAAGCUGCCCCCGACCGCUGCCGAUCGCGUGCCGGGUGCCCUGCUCGCUUUUCUGGACGAGGCAUUUCAGUCUUCAUCUUGGGGCCGUGGACAAGCUGUGGUGUUGCCCGCUUGUCGUCUGCUGUGUCGCUGGUUGGCAGACGACUCUACGACCAUGAGGCCAAAGGUUGGCAAAGUGCUGGCACCACUCCUCGAAUUGGCUGCCUCUAAUGAAUCCAUGCUACCGCUCAUCCUUCCCGCCCUGUGUCACCUCACCGCCGACGAUACGCUGCGAUUCAUCGUGCUGAAGUCACCAGUCUUGGCUUGUCUCUUCGUCUACCUAACCGAGUGGAGUCUCUCUCCACAACAGCUCGAAACUUGUGCGGGCGUUUUCUUGAACCUAGCUGUACUCGGAGCCGAAACAUUGGACUCAUUCUCAUCGCUGUUGGACUUCUGCGUUCAGAAAGUGGUGGCCGAUACAAUGCACCCCGUGACUCUGAAAGCGAACCUGGCACUUUUGGGUCUUUUUCUCCUUAGGUCGAAGCUGCAACGGUCUAUGACGGCACCCGACACUUUGGACUUGACAGCCUUUGUCGAACGUUGUACUUGGCUGUUUAAUUCGUCGCCUACUCUGCCUCAAAAUGAUGUGGAGGAAUGGAAUGAGCUUAGCUCCUUGGGCAAGCAAGUUCUCCGGGAUGUUCUUUCGGCAUUAACCAAGCCUACAUAGUGUUACAUCAGUUUUCAGGGAGAUAAUUUGUCGAAUGGAACUGCCCACAUCUGAACAAUCUUUAUGGUUAAUGAAAAAUUGUACAGGUCCCUAGUAAUGAAAUGUUAUCCUCCUUAAUAUCAUUGCUUGAAAAUCAUCUACAUGCUGUCCAGUUAUGAUAUACUUGUGUCACCAUUACUUAUACAUAGUUGCUCUUGUAAUUAUACUGUACCCAUAAUUUUGUUUAUCCUAAACAUUGUCACUUCAUUUUAUUUUCACCAUUUCUUACAUCACUGUAUUCUUACUUCAGUUUUCCCUUUUGUAUGCCUCUUUGAUCACCUUUUAUUUUUCCAUAUUAGGAUGUACUAUUAUUAUAAUGUACUAUUACGUUUCCCUAUAUAUCUUGUUAACUGCCAAUAUUUUCUUUCCGUGCAAUUUAAUGUUUUCUAUCGCUCUGCCGCGG